GGUUUUGAAGCUUGCUCGGAUCAGUCGUACGUGUGCGGCUGAAGUUUACAGUGAUAUUAGGGAUUCAGAGUCCAGGAUUGUGGAAAUAAUGAUCGCAGCCUUCCGCUUGGAAAUUAUUUCUUGGAGCUAAUACAUUAUUGUUUAUACUUUGUAACAACUAAACUGUACUGAUAUAUCCUCUGUCAUCAUGAAGUACACGACGUCAACGAUGAGCGCUGUGCUCCUGAUCGUCUUCCUUGUCCUAUGCCAAGUACUUGAUCCCACCGCUGCCGUCGGUUGUAUCCGACCACCGUCCUGCGACACCGAUGAGGAGGCCGGCUUUGCCAGCAUGCUCUGUGGUCAGCGACGUCUGAACUGCAUUCCCCAGGAGCAGCACCACGCGCGCUUCCUGGACAUGCACGGCAACAGGCUCACCAACCUCCUGCAGGACGCCUUCAGGCAAUUCUACAACCUUGAGAGACUCGAUCUGAGCUCGAACGAGAUUGCCUCCAUCACACCCGGGGCAUUCUCGGGACUUCACAACCUCACGAGUCUGAUCCUGAAGAGCAACAGGAUCGAGAGCAUCAGCGCCAGUACUUUCUCGGGUGCAGCCAAGUUGGAGACCCUGGACCUGUCCAGGAACAACAUCUCCAGGAUCACGGUUGGAGCGUUUAAUGGUCUGAGCCAACUCAGGACGCUGUACCUCAAUGAGAACCAAUUGAUGUGGUUAAGACCUGGUAUGCUUCAGGGUCUCCCAAGACUAGCCCUCUUAUCCAUCCACAGCAAUGGUAUAAGCACCGUCGAUGCAGCGGCCUUCCGAGGACUUACCCAUCUCCGUGCUCUCCAACUGAACAACAACCACAUCGCCACCAUGGGCAACAUCUUCGUAUCCUUGCCAUCACUGUCCACUUUAUGGAUCGGUGAGAACCCGCUAGAGUGUGACUGUCGGGUGGAGUUCCUCAGGAGGCUUUUAGUGCCACAACAGGCUGGUUCUGGUCUCCUGGCUGUAAGACACCCGGUGAUCUGCAGUGGGCCUAAUGUCAUGAGGGGUCUCGAUAUGCGGUACGUCAAGGAUGCUCUCCAAUGCACCAAGCCAAUCUUCAAGAGGGAAAGGUUCCAGUAUCUUAUUGCCAAAGGACAGGACAUCUCAAUGACAUGCGAUGCUUCAGGUAUCCCUCUCCCGGCCUUGUCCUGGGUGAGCCCUAGGGGAGAACCCAUCCCCUCCAUCACAGCCAGUACAGCCAACCUGAACUACGCCCAUGCCCCUCGCAUCAGCGUCCGAAGCGAUGGGUCUCUCAACAUCCGCCACGCCCAGCUCAAUGACGGUGGCAACUACACCUGCCUGGCACAGAACCCCGGUGGUCAAGCAAUGGCCGAAAUUCGAGUCACCGUGGUCAACGAACUCCCAAAGCCAACCCUUGAGGCUCCAAGGAAAACGACCCCGGAUAUGUGGCCCAAUGGUGGCGGUGACCCUGCGGGCAACGAACCAUUGGGAGGUUGGCCGAAGCAGGAGCGUCCACCGUUCGCGUGCAUACCGGAGCGAUCCCGGGCGUGUGAUUCUGCAACAGGUGUGGUCGUAACGGCCAUCGUGACUUUUCUGACGACCCUUAUAACCUGCGUGGUCGUCUUUUACCUUUGGUAUCGUAAGCAAACAGCCAAGAUCCACUUCGCUUCAUCGCCAAUCCCGAAGACGCAGGGACCCCUCAACAAUCAGUCAUCGAUGAAACCAACACUUCGCCGCUUUAUCAACGCCAUCUCGAACCCUGCACACCUGUACGCCAAGCCCAAGCCCACGAAAAAGCAGCGACAGGCCGGGUUCACCUUUCACAAAUCAAGCAACAAAGCGGACGAGGCAUGCAGACACAUUAUAGCCCCGCUGACAGAAAAACCGUCCAUUCUCAGUCAAGGCAUUCCAGAAAUGGACGCGCCCCCGCCACCGCCCAUGACCGGAUUGAACCGGUCACACCCGAAAACAAGUGAACAGAAGAGGUUAAGCGUCGCGCGGGAACUGCUCCAAAACAGCGCCACAAUCUCGCGGUCUUCACACCUUUACGAGAACGCGACAGCUUUAAAUGAUGACCCGAACUACACAGCACUAGAUCCCAUGACGAGAUGUAUAGUCAACGACACCUACGUAUCUUAGAUUAGUUAUGACAAGAAAAUAGGUAUGAUUUUAUUUAUGAAGAACAAUCCAUAUAAGAUCACAACAUGAAGGAUUCUUUUGUCGUCAUCUAAGAAAAUCGAACAAAUCAAUGAAUGACUAUCGUCGCUCAUUUCAAUCGAGGGAAAUGGCGGAUAAAAAGGGAAAGCUAGUACGGUAUACGGACGGAUUUCGAAGCCUACUAGUCUUCCGAAAACAUGGACUAAUUGUGGCAUUCAUCAAAACGAAAUCAAUGACCUGGAGAACUUGCAACAUUUUGAAUUUCAGGAGACUGUUUUUAUGAAAGUGAAGGAGAAAGAACUCCAUAUUUAGUCUCUAGGAACUCGUUGAACAACGGAAUGCUUCUGACUAAGCGACCAAGACGGAAUACAGUUCAUUUUUCAAGGAACUGUUUUAUGAUCAUAGCUCUAAACGGCAUGCCUGCUAUGCACGACAUGCAUGUAUUUUUUUUUUUUUAUAUCUGUAGAACUUUGCACCUGAAAAGAUAUCCACUCUUGGUGGAUCUCAGGGAAAGGGGGUUGGGCCCUGCGCAUAAUGCAAUACUCAAAUGCUGUUUUUCGUCUUCCACUGUCAGUGUUUGGAGUUGUUUCGAAAAGAUAUCCAUAUUUCAAAGAGUUAAUCGCAUUCGAUAAACCCUCAAUUCCCUCACCUCUGCAAACCUAUCAUUUCUUCCACAGCAUGUUUACAACAUCAAUUAUCACCUGUCUAUGACGGACUCCUGCGCAUCCACUUUUAACCAGUAAUCACCAUCUGGACACUACGACAUACGUCACCUGGUACAUUUCCUUUAUUUGCCCUUUCUCCUCCCUCUUCUUCAUCCUCCUCUUCCUCUUCUGUUUUUGUCACAAGA